UAAUAUUAAAUUCAGGCCAAAAUAAUUCCUAAAUAUAAAUAGAAAAAAUUUUGAAAACGAAAAAGAAAGGACAGGCGUGAAGGAUGCCAAAGCAAGCAGGCAAGCAGAUGAGGGCCAACUUCUAAAUGGAUGUUGAUUUCGACAAUUGCAAUGACCUCUGAGGCUCUGAAUCUGUAUUUUCAUGGCGAGCAGUUGAUUGUUGGUGAUUAAUUGUGUUAAAUAUUCAAAUUGAAAAGAUGUCAUUCAAAAAGAGGGAAGGUACAAUAGAGAAAGCUUUGACACAGGAAGAGCAGCUGCUCAAGAUUUAUGAAGUCAGACAUAUGAUAGGUCCUAUUGCUGAUAAGCUACCAGCCAUUUGUUCAGAAGAAUCAAUAGCAAGGUACCUAAGAGCACGGAACUGGAAUACAAAGAAGGCAGGUAAGAUGUUGAAAGAAACAAUAAAAUGGAGGAUGGAGUACAAGCCAGAGAAGAUCCGAUGGGAAAACAUUGCUCCUGAGGGAGAGACAGGAAAAAUUUACAGAGCCAAUUACUUUGACAAGUGUGGAAGGACCAUUCUUAUCAUGAGGCCUGGUUUUCAGAACACAAGUGCAGUAAAUGGGCAGAUCAUGUAUUUAGUAUAUUGCAUGGAGAAUGCAAUACUGAAUUUGAAUUCAGAUCAAGAACAGAUGGUUUGGCUAAUUGAUUUUCAACGGUGGAGCUCAUCAAGCAUAUCAUUGAAGGUGACUAGGGAAACAGCUAAGGUCCUGCAGAAUCAUUACCCUGAGAGAUUGGGCCUUGGUAUCCUCUAUAAUCCACCAAAAAUAUUCGAGUCCUUUUGGACGAUGGUAAAACCAUUUCUUGAGCCCAAAACAUACAAGAAGAUGAAGUUUGUGUACUCUGACAACCCACAGAGCCAGAAGAUAAUGGAGGAUCUUUUCCAUAUGGAUAAGUUGGAAUCUGCAUUUGGUGGAAAAAAUUCAUGUGGUUUUGACUAUCAAGCUUUUGCACAAAGAAUGAGGGAAGAUGACAAGAAGAUGUCUAGUUUUAUUGACUCCGGUUGUUCGCCUUCAGUUAUAUCUGAGUUGCAGCAGUCAGAUGCACUGGCUUCUGACCAUUGUUCUGAGGUCUCUGAUGAAGGUGGCUGCUCAUCAUGUGAUGAAGCAGCUUCUUCGAACUUGGACGUUGUGGAUGAGAAGAUACAAGGCCAAACACUCGACAGCAAAGAUGUUGCAAAUGGCAACACAACAUUACCUAAAGAAAUGCAAAUGAGUGAGCCUGCAUGAGCACUAGAUUUUAGGAUCUGGUUUAUGAUAUUGGUCUCGCAAAUUCUUAGCUUACAUGAUUUCACCUUAAUGCAAUGAAGCGUUAGCAGAAAUUUUCGGCUUCUUUUA